AUGAGCGAAGAAGGAAGAGGGUGCGCCCGUCAGAGAACUCGCAGGGCCCUCCGUCAGGUGGAGGGGUCAGCAGGCCUGUGCCCAGAUGACCCUCAUAGGGGGGCAAAACUGGAUGUGGCCUUGAGAUUCACGGGUUUGAGGGCCGAGUUAGCAGCAUCGCCUUGGCGGGCUCUGUGGAUGCUCACUGUUCCCCCAGCAGACGGCGGUUUGAAAGGGUCUGCACUGUGGGCUUGUGAGAAAAAGCAGCAUGAAGAGGCACUGGGCAAUCAUGAAUUUGAUAAUGGCGUGCAAGGACUGAUUGAUCCGCUUCUCAAAGAGGCCAAAUUUCCCAUUCUGAGUGCAAACAUUAAAGCAAAGGGGCCACUGGCCUCUCAAAUAUCAGGACUUUAUUUGCCAUACAAGAUUCUUGCUGUUGGGGAUGAAGUUGUGGGAAUUGUCGGAUACACAUCAAAAGAAACUCCUUUCCUCUCAAAUCCAGGAACGAAUCUAGUAUUUGAAGAUGAAAUCACUGCAUUGCAACCUGAGGUAGAUAAGUUAAAAACUCUGAACGUGAACAAAAUUAUUGCGCUGGGACACUCUGGUUUUGAAAUGGAUAAACUCAUCGCUCAGAAAGUGAGAGGUGUGGACGUCGUGGUGGGAGGACACUCCAACACGUUUCUUUACACAGGCGACCCGCCCUCCAAGGAGGUGCCUGCCGGGAAGUACCCGUUCCUCGUCACCUCCGACGACGGGCGGAAGGUUCCUGUGGUCCAGGCCUAUGCUUUCGGCAAAUACCUCGGCUACCUGAAGGUUGAGUUUGACGACAAAGGAAACGUCAUCACGUCGCACGGGAAUCCCAUUCUCCUGAACAGCAGCAUUCCUGAAGAUCCGGGCAUCAAAGCAGACAUAAACAAAUGGAGGAUAAAAUUAGAUAACUACUCCACCCAGGAACUGGGGAGAACUAUUGUCUACCUGAAUGGCUCCGCUCAGUCGUGCCGCUUUCAAGAAUGCAAUAUGGGCAACCUGAUUUGUGAUGCCAUGAUCAACAACAACCUCAGACACCCGGACGAAAUGUUCUGGAACCACGUGUCCAUGUGCAUUUUAAACGGAGGCGGCAUCCGGUCGCCCAUCGAUGAGCGCAACAACGGCGUAAUUACCUGGGAGAACCUGGCUGCUGUGUUGCCCUUUGGAGGCACGUUUGACCUGGUCCAGUUAAAAGGCUCCACCCUGAAGAAGGUCUUCGAGCACAGCGUGCACCGCUAUGGCCAGUCCACGGGGGAGUUCCUGCAGGUGGGCGGAAUCCAUGUGGUGUAUGAUCUUUCCCGAAAACCCGGGGACAGAGUGGUCAAGCUAGAUGUUCUUUGCACUAAGUGUCGAGUCCCCAGCUACAGCCCUCUCAGAAUGGAUGAGGUGUAUAAGGUGAUCCUCCCGAGCUUCCUGGCCAAAGGUGGAGAUGGAUACCAGAUGAUAAAAGAUGAAUUAUUAAAACACGACUCCGGUGACCAAGAUAUCAACGUGGUUUCUACAUACAUCUCAAAAAUGAAAGUAUUGUAUCCAGCGAUUGAAGGCCGGAUCCAGUUUUCUGCAGGAAGUUGUUGCCAUGGAAGCAUUUCCUUAAUCUUUCUUUCGUUUGGGGCAGUGAUCUCUAUUUUGUACCAGUAGCCAAAAACCCUCCUCGCCAUCAAGGUGUGAAACGACAUUUUUCUCGAGCGAGACUCAACUCUGCCUUUUGGGACCUGCUUUGCGACGGCACGGACCGUCCUCGCAGGCUCCUGGAAGCAGAAGUACAGAGCACUGUAAAAGGAAGAGACGGACGUUAUUCCUCAGGGUCAGCAACUCAGCAGAGCAGACCCAAAAAAAGAUGAGCUAGGGCUCUAUGAGGAGAAAGCCAACUAGACUUAGUUUACAUAUUCAAAUUAUAAUCAGAUUUUGCUAACAACGUGAAGCCAUAGAUACUUUCCUCCUGCAUAUCCAUUUCUAAUCCAUCAAACAACUUGUAUUUCCAUACAAUGUUGUCAUUUACCAGGGAGUUGUAAACACAUCUGAUGCCCACAGUCUUCUCUGGUGGGAAAGACAGAUGUCGUUCUUCCCGUUUGACAGAUGGAGAGCCUGAAGCUCAGGAAGGGCUGGCUUGUGAAAGGCCACACAACGCAAAGCGACAGACCCAGGACCAAGGCCCGGGUCUUUUGAACUCAAGUGCGGCACUGCUUCGGCUCCAUCGAGGUGCUGCUCAGGAGGCUGCUUAGCAGCGCCUCUCUUCCUAACCGUCAGCAGCCCCACACUGUGAGCUAAAAGCCUCUGCUUUGUUGCUGGUCUCCAUCUUUUUCCUUUGUCGCUCCUGUUGUCAUAGCCUGUCUCAUGGGCUAGACACAGUUUGCCAUGCUCGCUGGCCUCACCCAGGUGCCUUUGAUGAGUCAGGGAACACACUCCAGCAGAUGAUGAGAAAAGCCUACAAAAGGCAGUCAAGGGACAGGGGACAAAGGGAAGAACAAGACACCAGGACCCAUUUGCAUUAUAGAAGAGAAAGUGCUAAAGGGCAUUUAGCCGUGUUAGAGAGACUUGCGAGUAGCAGGGUGCCUGACACAUGGCACUAGCUAUCUUUAAUUUUAUGAGAGUCCAUAAGGUCUGCUGCUGUCCUCUUUCUUCUGCCUAACAUGAUGGCAUCAUGAGAAGAGAACCUUCGAAGAUGAGCUGUCAUGCUAAGCCUGCAUCCAUCCUUUCCAGCAAGAUGCCAGCAAUGCACUUAUUCUAGUCAUACCGCAGGCACCCAGCUAUGGAGAAUCCAGUUUCAGAAUACAAGAAUUGAUUUUAGGUGGUUUGCAUAAGGCGUUGGCAGUCAUUUUGCCGUCAGAUGUGAACGGUCAUUGUAAAUCAUUCUCAUGGCUGAUUAUGAGAACUCUUGACGGGGCAUGGGCCUCUCGGAGUGGGAGCUCAGGAUAUACUCGUCCUGAUGAAAUGAUUUAGGCCUAAAGAACAAAUGCUUGCUAAGGUGGUCGUUGGGCUGUGUGAGCCUGCUCAGCUUUGCCCAAGUCUUCAACCAGAAAUGGGAGCCUUCACUUUAAAAACAGCGAGCAAACAGCAGCCGGAGGUUUGGAGGGUAUGAUUUGUUUCUUGGUGUUUACAAAUUUUAAGUCCUCGAGACAAAAUACACUUUUAAACUUCCUAACUUUGUAAGAAAGGUUACUGAAGUAAAACAAUGCCCUCGAUUCUGUGCAUACACAGAUAGCUAUAAAAGUAAUGUCAAUAAGAUUCACAAGAAAAUUAGAGAAAGGUGCAUUUGGGAUGUAUUUUUCAUGCUUGGCCAGUAAAAUAGGGUAAAUUCUAUUAUAGUAUAAUUUUUAAAGAACAUUUUCCUGAGUUUUCUAAAUGUGUACGAAUAUACUGUGCAGUGGGAUGAGCAGUGACCAAGAACCACUUUGCAAUUGUAGAUUCAAAAAAAUAAAGUUGAAGAUACGCUC